AUGGAGACUGUUUUGUUGACAUUAUCCACUUGUACGGGUUGCCAGUUGGCUAUUGAAGGUCUGAAUAGGUAUGAAUAUGAUUAAAUUUGGGCGGGGUUUGUAAAAAUUUUUUUGGGGGUGGAUUUAAAAAAUUUUUACAUUGUUCGUUUUUCAGGCUUCACUCAGACUCUAUGGUGCUAUUUACCUUCACUACGGCGACUACAAUCACAAUAACUGGGAUAAUUAAGCGGCCAAGUGUAAUAUACGACAGACGGAUACCUAUAAAGUACGUUUUUUUUGUAAAAUACGGAAAUUUUACCUCUUGGCUGUAAAACUAUUUCUAAAUACGAAGAUUUUACCGUGUAGUCUCUAAAUAUAAUGACUUUAUAAGGUUUUAGAGCCUAUUUACCACUGGUCAUAUCAGCAUUUAUAGUCAACUUGGUCAAUAAUCAAAGCAUUUACUUUGGGAUACCUUUCCUUUACAAAUUGUCUUCAGAUCGGUAGGUUUGUUAUCUAAAAACAAUUUUUUGAAACUUUUUGGGGUUUUUUUUUCAGUUGGCAUUGGUCAAAAAAGUCUUGUCGUUUUUUAUAGCAUAAACCAAUGUAAAUUGACGCCAAGACUUUUUUGAAACUAAAAAAGAUAAUUUUUAUUGGAUUUCAAUGACAUUGCACAUUCAUUUGACAUUUUUAGGGUACACUAGUGGCAAAUGUGAUAUUAACCUAUGUGUUGACGAGGAAAGUCCACUCAAAGCUAAAAUAUUGCUCUAUUGUGGUCAUUACAAUUGGGAUUAUUAUCUUUACAUUGAGUACAAGACUGCCGAGUAAUAAGCUACAAUAUGGGUGUGCUUAUGACAGUCUUUUUUAUUUUGGUAAGGAACUUUAUCUCUACCUUUACUUUUUCUUCGCAUUACCUUACUUACCUGGCCUAGCACUAGCCUACCUUACUCUGAUUUACAUUACCGUACUCGACUUUAACUUAUCUUACCUUGCCUUACUCUACCUUAUCCUUGCUCCUUGGAUAACGUUUCUUUGACGUUAUUAUCUCUUUUUCUAUCAUAACCUACCUGCUCUACUACUAACUAUACAGGAUGGAUUACAGUACCCUCCUCUAAGCAGUACAAUAGUAAAAGUAUUGUUUUAGGUAUAGUUUUAAUGACAUUAUGUUUGUUCUUGUCCUCAUAUAUGGGUAUAUUUCAAGAAGAUUUGUUCAAAACCUACGGUCGACAUUCGGAUGAAGUCAUGUGGGGCAUGGUAAGUUAUGUUUUAUACUGUUAUAACAGAGUAAAAACUUUUUUUGUAGCGAAACCUGUACAUAGCAGGUAGUUCAAGUAAUUCUGUGCCCCCUAGCUUCGAAAAGUUUCAUUAAGAAAGGAGCACAGAAUUAAUUGAACCACCUACUAUCAUAACGUAGAAGGAUAAUAUUAUAGUUUUUCGAUGCAAAAUAAGUUAAAACCGGCCAAUUUCAGAAUGCAAUCACCCUGCCAAUGUACAUAAUGUACCACGAAAGUAUAUCAAACGCAUUCAUGGACUACUGUAACUCGAACAGUCUUGCUGUACUUGGAAUUAAGCUGCCGAUUACUGAGUUAUGGGCGGUUUUACUCGGGAUUUUGGUGUUACAGUAAGAUAUUGAUUUUAUUUUGAUAAUUUUUAUUUAUUGUGUGUAACUACUAACUCGUAUUUUACAUUUUUUUCGAAAUUUUAAAAAUUUAAAAAAUUUUAAAUUUUAAUAAUUUUUGCAAAUUGAAAUUUUUUAAGAAAAAAUGUGUCAUGAUGAUAAAAAUGUCAUUUUAAACUUAUUUUCUACACGUUUCUGACACUUCAUAACUUUAUGCUCCAAUAUUGUUAUAGGUAUACCUGCAUCAAGAACGUGUACAAACUCAACUCCAAAAUGAAUUCUCUCAACUUGACAAUGAUUCUGACUCUUCGCAAGUUCUUGAAUCUACUCUUAUCAGUGUUAAUAUUUAAGAAUCAAUUCAAUUACAUCAAUUUCAUUGGCGCUACAAUGGUUUUCAUCGGAACAUAUUUGUUUUACAGUGAAAAACGGGCCAAAACCGAGUGA